UGACUGCUCCGACCGAGGAGAACAGUGUUCCUUGGUCCCUCACUCCACUCCACCGCGCAAAGCUCUAUCUAUCUUUAUGGAUGGAUAGAUACGUACACGGAAUCUUUCUUUCCAUCAUUGCUGCGAGACUAAUCAGAAAAAGAAAGGAAAGGGUCGCUCUCAACAGUCUCUCCACCAUUUCAUGUCGGCCAAACUAGAUUCUCAUGAGAGCGCCCGCCUCACUCGCUAGCUGCUUCACUCUCCACCCCCUACCCUCCGCGCGAGAUCCAGCGUCCGCCUCCUUCUCCGUCGAGGUCUCCGCCGGCGGCCGGUCAGCGCCCCUCCUCUGGCUCGAUACGACGGCGAUAUGAGCGGUCGGUUCUCAAGUCCAAGUUAAGAGUGCCCUCCUCCAGAUCUGCUGCUGUAGUAUGUACUAAGUAGAUAGGACCAGACUAAUUUAUUAUGCUGCCACUCUUUGGGUUGCUCUACUUCACCAAGUAGAUCACCAACGCCAACUUCCACAAACAAGAGAGAUAACGUGUGCGACCAAGCAUGGCCGCCGUCGUGACGGGAGCGAUGGGCACCCUCCUGCCCAAGCUCGCCAACCUGAUCACCAAGGAGUACAACCUUCACAAGGGUGUCAAAGGCGAGAUCAUGUUCCUCAAAGCUGAGAUGGAGCAUAUGGAGGCGGCUCUGGUUGAGAUCUCUGAGGCGCCAAUUGACCAGCCGCCUGACAAGCAGAUCAAGCUUUGGGCCAAGGAUGUGAGGGACCUAUCAUACGACCUCGAAGAUAACAUUGACAAGUUCAUGGUGCACAUCGAAACCCAUGGACAGCCAGAGAAGUCGCACAGCUUCAGGGGUUUCAUUGAUAAGUGCCUCAGCCUGCUGACCAAGGGCAAGAUUCGGCACAAGGUCGGCAUCGAUAUCGAAGACAUCAAGAGACACAUCAAGGAGAUCAGUGAGCGGCGUAAAAGGUACCAGAUUGACGGUAAGGCUCCUGCCAAGCCACCUGGUCCAACUGUUGACACCCUUCGCCUGUCAACCUUGUAUAAAAAGGCGACGGAGCUCGUCGGCAUUGACGAGAAGAGCCUUGAGGUAGUCGAGAUGUUGACAGAGGGAGACGAGGUUUCGAAGAAACAGCUCAAGGUGGUCUCUAUUGUUGGAUUUGGUGGAUUAGGCAAGACAACCCUUGCCAAUGCAGUGUAUAAGAAGAUGAAAGGGCAAGUCGAUAUUAAAACACAAAAACCGCAAUUUGAUUGUGCGGCUUUUAUUUCAGUGUCUCUUAAUCCUAACAUGAAGCGGAUUUUCAAGAGCUUGCUCCAUCAACUUGACAAGCACACGUACCAGAACAUUAAUGAGGCAUCGUGGGGUGAAGAACAGCUCAUCAAUGAGAUAAGAACAUUCCUUGAAAUCAAGAGGUACUUGAUUGUUAUUGACGACAUAUGGGAUAAAUCUGUCUGGGAAAAUAUCAAGUAUGUGUUGAUUGCGAAUGAGCAUGCAAGUAGAGUAAUCACAACAACUCGGGUUCUUGAUGUUGCCCAGCAAGCUGGGGGUGUUUAUCGGCUAAAACCUAUUUCUGUUGCUGACUCAAGAAAGUUGUUCUACCAAAGAAUAUAUGAGACCGAGAACAAAUCACCACCUAAUCAUUUGGUUGAAGUAUCUGAGAAAAUUUUAGAUAGAUGUGGUGGAGUGCCGUUAGCUAUCAUUACCAUUGGUAGCUUGCUAUCCAGUAAAAAGGGAAGAGCACAUACACAUGAGUAUUGGUCCAAGGUGUACAAAUCUAUCAGUUCGGGGCUAGACAAUAGUCAUGAUGAUGUGAAGAACAUGAGAAGGAUAUUAUCUGUUAGUUACUCUGACCUACCUCCAUACCUAAAGACUUGUUUACUGCAUCUUAGUUUGUAUCCAGGAGAUUAUGAGAUCGAAAGUGAGCAAUUGAUAUGGAAAUGGGUGGGUGAAGGCUUUAUGAAAAUAGAACAGGGGAGGUGCUUAUAUGAAGUAGGAGAGCAUUACUUGGACGAGCUCAUUAAUAAAAGCUUGGUCCAACCUGUAGAAUUUGACAAUGCAAAAAAAGUGCGGUCUUGUCGCAUACAUGAUAUGGUGCGUGACCUCAUCACUUCCUUAUCAAAUGAGGAGAAUUUUAUAACAACAGUAGGUUGUCAGCAUCCAAAAUAUCUACCAAGUAAGAUACGCCGACUUUCAGUGCAGUCCAGAAAGGGCGAAGUUUCUAAUCAGCUGGCAACCAUGAACUUGUCCCCUGUGAGGACACUUACGGUGUCUAGUCGAGCUUUCAGUUUAUUGCCAACACUUACUUGUUUACCAGUCCUACGCGUAUUAGAUUUAACUGGUUGUGAGCAAGUGGAUAAUAAUUAUUGGAAGGAUAUUUGUAAUUUGUUUCACCUGAGAUAUUUGAGUUUAAAGAGCACUUCCGUCACUAAGAUCCCGAAAAAGAUUGGAAAUCUACAGUUUCUGCAAGUGUUGGACAUAAGUUCCACUGAAAUAGCAGAGUUUCCGCCAACCUUUAUACAACUAACACAAUUGUUGUUAGUACACUUGCUUAAUAGCAUUGGUUGUGCAAUGCCAAGGUUGUUGUGUUCCAUGUGCUCCCUGUUGUCCCUAAGUAUCACAGUGAAAACACUGGGAGAGGAGGACCUUCAAGUCCUUGGGAGCAUACCCUCUCUUAUUGAACUGCACAUACAAAUGAAGAAACCUACACAAGCCAGAGACAGACGGUUGGUUGUUGGCAGUAAUUACCCAUUUCUAUGUCUCACGAGGUUCAGUCUCACGUGUGACACCAUGGAAUUGAGGUUUUCCCAAGGAGCCAUGAAAAGUCUCCAUACCUUGAGAUUAGAUUUUAAUAAUGUGCUGGGCACAUUGCUUCAGUUUGGUGAUUUUGUAUUUGGUUUAGAGAACCUCUCUUCCCUUGAGCAUAUCCAUGUUAAAUUCAUCAAAGGCAAGAAACAGGCAAUGCAAAAUGUGAGAAAUGCUGUUGGGCAAGAGGUCUCCAUGAAUCAAAACAAGCCCAAACUGUGUUUCCCAGCAACAAUUGAGGAGGGCCUGCAACGGUACAGCGCGAGCACCGGCGGGCCCGUCGUUAUUGGGUGCAUCCCGUAUCGGGUAUGCAGCAGCGACGGCAAGCUGGAGGUGCUGGUGAUCAGCUCACGGAAGGGGCACGGCAAGAAGUUCCCCAAGAGCGAUUGGAUGCUGGACGAGUCCAUGGACGAGGCGGCCCGGCGCAGUGCCCUCUGGGAGGCCGGCCUCCGAGGCCACACGGGACCAGUGCUCGGCAGCUGGCUGUACAAGAGCCGCCACUAUGACGACACCUGCGAGGUAUACAUGUUCCCCUUCCACAUCGCCGACGAGCUCGAGUGGUGGCCCGAGAUGGCGUCCCGCAAGCGCACCUGGGCAACGACCCAGCAAGUGAUGGACGGAUACCAGCACUUGUGGAUGCGGGAGGCGCUCGAGAGGCUCGUCGCCCGGUACGGCAAAAGUUAUCUAUAGGACAGCGGUAGUUACAUUCAGUUGAUAGUUUGAUACAAGGCAUUCGAAUCGUGACGUUCCAUGGCUUCCUUAGCUCUGAAUAUACGUACCUCGCAUCUGGCUCACCUUUGGAAGCUCACUAUUUUCAGUAUUUUAUACAGUGGCUGUUGGUAAACCA